AUGGUAGCCCUCGUAAGGUAUAUCCCUAAAAGCACCCUUUGGCUCUGUCCAAUGUUUUUAAUAGGAUCAGAUUUAAUCACAAACUUGUAUGGUGGUGACAAAGCCCGGUCAACUGUAACUCGACGGGUUCACCAUAAGACAAAACAGUUGGUGUCGUCACGUCGACAUAAGUCCGAAAGGAAUCAGAGCAUGGGCCAGAAAAGCGGAGAGGGUAUUUUGCAUCACAUCAGAGAAUUUGAUUGA